AUGGCUAUGGGCCAGUCCCUGGUGAAGACAGGAACCAUCAGCAUCUUUGAGCACGCUUACAACAUGCAGGUGAUGAAGUUCAGCGUGAACCCCAUUGUUAAGAGUUCCCACAGAAGCCAAGAACUGGCCGACCUGCCCAAGCCGGUGGAGGGGCUGAAGAGGGCAGCUAAGCCAGAGUGCAUGGUGCAACUCAUCACUGACGAAUCAGGGGAUCGCUUCAUCAACGGGGUGAUGAGCUGCACCUAUUGA